AUGCUUUUCAACAUACAGAGCACCCUCGUGCUCUCGACUGCCCUCUUUGCGGCCAGCUCAGUAGCUCAAAGUGGCUUCAAGGUUGUUCCUCGUGGCUCAGCUGACGGCAAGCUUGUCGGUUGCUACUCCUCCGCUCCUGGAUAUGGUUCCUCUAAAGAUUACACCUAUCAAAGUUCUGGUUGGUGUCUGAACAAGUGUUACGCCGCCAACAGCGCCGCAUUUGCUCUAACAGGCGGUUCGACCUGUAUGUGUGGCGACACACUACCACCCGACAGCGACAAGGUGGACAGCAGCAAGUGCAACAAGGCAUGCACUGGUUGGCCUUCAGAUAUGUGCGGUGGCAGCGACUACUACUCAAUCUACACCACCAACUAUGAAGACGAUGUCCCAACCUACUCCGAAUCCAAGUCAACCACUACCACUAGCAGCAGCGAAUCGACAAGUACACAAACCGGCGCUGAUGCUGCCAGUACCGCUGUUUCGUCCACGGUUCCUCAGCAGACAACGGAAGUGGUGUCCUCCAAAGAGAGCAGCGCAAGCGCCUCUGUUGAGGCCAAGACCAAGAGCAGUCAUAACACUGCUGCCAUCGCAGCUGGAGUCGUGAUUGGUGUCGUUGGAUUCGCCGCUCUCUGUGGUGCCGCCUUCUUCUUCUGGCGCUCCAAGCAGAACAAGACCAACGCUGCUUUCGGUGGUGGUACCACUGGUGGCUACGGCCGCGACUCCAACCCGCCCUCGAUGUCCGACUCUCGAUUCGAUGGCGACUACAUGGCGCAGCGCCGCCAAAGCAAUGGAAGCAUCGAUGACGACCACGACUUCUCUCGUCGCAUUCUGCAGGUAUAUACUUCCGUUGAUUCUUCGCUUCCUGCAAAUCAAAUGCUUACUAUUCCACAGGUGACGAACCCCGAUCGCUAA